AUGGAUAUCUCUGAAGACUUUGAAAGCUCAUCUCUGGUUUUCUUAAACUCGUCGGAACAAGUGACAAUGGGAGACCAGUAUGGAAAUGCCAUCUUGCCCAGUAUUUUUGGAACCAUAUGUAUUUUGGGCAUCACUGGAAAUUCUAUUGUAAUCUACACCAUCAUUAAAAAGACCAAAUGUCAGGCUAAACAAACAGUACCAGACAUUUUCAUAUUCAGUCUCUCUAUUGUGGAUUUGCUUUUCCUCCUCGGAAUGCCCUUUCUCAUCCAUCAGCUCCUGGGCAACGGGUCUUGGUGUUUCGGAGCUAUUAUGUGCAAAGUCAUCUCUGCUUUAGAUUCUAACAGCCAGACAGUGAGCACCUACAUCCUUACCGUUAUGACCUUGGACCGUUACGUGGCAACCGUCCACCCAUUCCGCUUUAACCAUGUCCGGACAACCUGUGUAGCCGGCACUGUGAUCGGGAUUGUGUGGGCGCUCUCUCUCAUCUCCAUCACCCCUGUCUUAAUGUACACUGGCUUGAUGCCUCUCCACAGCGGCCAGGUGGGAUGUGCUCUUCUGCUACCGAAUCCAUCCACCAGUAUCUGCUGGUUCACGCUCUAUCAGUUUGUGCUGGCGUUCGCCCUUCCGCUCACGAUUAUCUGUGUGGUGUUCUUUAAAAUCUUAAAGCAUAUGUCUACCACAGUGGCACCUCUUCCCCCGAGGAACCAACGAGUGCGCACCAAAAGUGUGACUCGGAUGGCUGUGGCCAUCUGUCUGGCCUUUUUCAUAUGUUGGGCUCCGUACUACAUCCUUCAACUUGUCCAUCUGGGAAUACAGAAACCCAGUGCCUCAUUUUAUUAUGUCUAUCACGUUGCCAUUAGCAUGGGUUAUGCUAAUAGCUGCAUUAAUCCUUUUCUCUAUAUUAUUCUGAGUAAGACCUUUAAGCGGCAGUUUGUAAUUGCCAUCCAGCCUGCGCACAACCACUUUCGGGUCAACCCGAGCACCACAGAGGCCACUGUGUCCCUCCGUCUGGCUGCAGACUGCCAAAGACAUAUUCCUGCAGACACCUCAGAGUAA